CGUUUGCCAAGAUAUUUCACCAUGGUGGCAUUCUCAUCUCUCUUAGUUACCUUAGUCGGCAUUGCUAGCUCCUUGGCUGCUCCCGUAGAGGAACGCAAUAUUGACUUAAUUGAGCGUGGGCCUCACAACUUUGUUCUUGGAGCAUCCAAUCCGGUUCGCCGAUCCGCCAUAAACUACAACCAGGAUUAUACUACUGGUGGAGAUGUCGUUUACUCUCACUCAAACACAGGAUUUGCCGUCAACUGGUCUUAUCCUCAGGAUUUCGUAGUUGGCGUCGGUUGGAACCCUGGUGGCUCUAGUCCCAUUAACUUCAGCGGCAACUUUGGUGUCGGCAGCGGCGUUGGCCUGCUUGCUGUCUAUGGCUGGAGCACCAACCCCCUUGUUGAGUACUAUAUCAUGGAAAAUAACUUUGGAUAUCCUUCCGCCGGCACGGUGAAAGGCAGCGUCACCAGUGACGGAUCAAGUUACACGAUUUGGGAGAAUACUCGUGUUAAUGAACCUUCUAUUCAGGGCACAGCGACCUUUAACCAGUAUAUCUCCGUCCGAAACUCCAAAAGAUCCAGUGGCACAGUCACUGUUGCAAACCACUUUAACGCAUGGAAAUCACUCGGUAUGAAUCUAGGCACAAUGAAUUUUCAAGUUAUGGCAGUGGAAGGGUGGGGAGGCCAAGGCGGUGUGCAACAAAGCGUAUCAAACUAAGGUCAGCAACAAGCCUUGAGACUCAACUGCACUUUAGCGCCCCAGGGAUUGGUGUCAGACUCUCGCGAAGAUUGAAGAUUCCAUACAGGGUAUACAUCUGUCUGUUAACGAUAUAAGCGCCAAUCUCAAUUCCGACCCCGCUUGUCUAUUUCUAGUCAGGGUAUCAUUUUAGGUCUCUAACGAGUUUAAAAUACAAAUUUAUUUACACCUGGGA